CCCGUAGUCUUCUGAUCUACGGACAGAGGUCUCAUAGGGUUUUGGCAAGCUGACAGUUUGGAGAGACAGAACAAGCAGACAAAGAGCAAAGAGGAAAGGCAGAGACGAGCUGGAAAGGUUCGCGAGACGAAGGAUAGGCAAUCGCAGAAGUGAGGAUAGCGCGUGAAAGAAGUAAGCUGUCGAACGUCUGCAAUUCGGCCUGCAACUCGAGGUAGUGGAGCCGCCACUUGCAGAGGAAGGACGACCAGAGACCUUUGCGCGCGAAGAGAAAGGAGAGUGCUAUAAAAGAGAGAGUCGUUUUGGUGAACUUUUAUCGGAGUAGUGAGAACAGAGGCCGUCGUUUUCUGGGUUUUUGGAGUGAGGGAGAUAAAAGAGUGCGGUUGAGGAUCUCGGGUGAGAGAAAUAACAGAGAUUAGUAGGGGUUUUGGAGAUUGGAGAGGUAUUCUGUUCUCUGGUUUCAAGUGAAAAGAAGAGAAGAAACGAGGGAGCUUUAGGUUCUGAGAAAUUCGAAGGAAGAGACUGGAGCCUUGUAAGAGUACCAUUUAUCUUCUCUUCUGUUUGCUGUCUUCAUUCUCUUCCCCUCAGUAAUGGGGAUCUUUGAGCCGUAUAGAGCAAUUGGAUAUAUAACGAGCGCAGUUCCGUUCUCUGUUCAGCGACUGGGGACGGAAACCUUUGUCACCGUCAGCGUUGGCAAAGCUUUCCAGAUUUACAAUUGCGCCAAGCUCAAUUUGGUGCUUAUUGGGCCUCAAUUGCCAAAGAAGGUUCGAGCUCUUGCUUCUUAUCGUGAUUAUACAUUUGCUGCAUAUGGGAACAACAUUGCAGUUUUUAAGCGUGCUCACAAGGUAGCAACUUGGAGCAGACAUAUAGCAAAAGUGAACUUGUUGCUGUUGUUCGGAGAACAUAUUUUAAGCAUUGAUGUUGAUGGCAAUAUGUUUGUAUGGGCAUUUAAAGGAAUUGAAGAGAAUCUAUCUCCACUUGGACACAUUAAACUUGAUGACAACUUUACUCCCAGUUGUAUAAUUCACCCAGAUACAUAUAUAAACAAGGUUCUUCUUGGGAGCCAAGAGGGUUCUUUGCAGCUCUGGAACAUAAGCACAAAGAAAAAGCUUUAUGAGUUCAAGGGGUGGAAUUCAUCUGUCUGCAGUUGUGUUUCAUCACCUGCACUAGAUGUUGUAGCAGUUGGUUGUGCUAAUGGAAAAAUUCAUGUGCACAACAUAUUAAGUGAUGAACAGGUUGUAACAUUUGCACAUUCUACUAGAGGCGCUGUUACAGCCUUAUCUUUCAGCACAGGUGGGCAGCCACUUCUAGCUUCUGGAGGUUCAUUUGGUGUCAUAAGCAUAUGGAAUCUUAAGAAGAAAAGGCUUCAGUCAGUCAUAAAGGAUGCUCAUGAUAAUUCUAUACUUUCAUUGCACUUUUUAGCUAAUGAGCCUGUGCUCCUGAGCUCGUCAAUAGACAACUCAAUUAAG